AUGGAGAAGAUCAAUACUACGGCCCGUCUGGCCAAGCUACGCGAACUGAUGAAAGAACGCAAUGUCGAGAUUUACAUCGUGCCUUCGGAGGACAACCAUGCCUCCGAAUACAUUGCGGCUUCGGACGCGCGGCGGCCUUACAUUUCGGGUUUCACAGGUUCAGCCGGUGUAGCCGUCAUCACUCCGGACACAGCAGUACUGUCCACAGAUGGCCGAUACAUUAUACAGGCAACGAAGCAGCUGGAUGAGAACUGGACCCUGCUCAACUCGGCUCAGCCAGAAGCACCAACCUGGCAAGAUUGGUCCGCAGAGCACUCGAGUGGCGGCAAAAAUGUCGGGGUGGAUGCCUCGUUGAUUGCUUCGUCCGCGGCCAAGAAAUUGCAAGAGAAGAUUCACAAGCGGGGAGGCGCCGACCUGAUACCACUUGAGGAGAAUCUAGUCGACCUUGUAUGGGGCACAGAUCAGCCACCAAGACCCCAAGAGCCCAUCAUCGUCUUACCCGAUGACCUUGCUGGCAAAACUGUCCAAGCCAAAUUACAUGACCUACGACUCGAAUUGGGUAAGAAGCAGGCAAUUGGCUUUGUCAUCUCCAUGCUCGAUGAGAUCGCCUGGCUCUUCAACAUGCGGGGCAGCGACAUUCCCUACAACCCUGUCUUCUUCUCGUUCGCCAUCGUCACACCUGAUUCCGCUACCUUGUACAUCGAUGACGCCAAACUGGACGACACUUGCAAGAAGCACCUUGCCGAUAACGAAAUCCACUUGCGGCCAUACAGCGCCAUACUUGACGAUGCCCGAAGACUGUCGGCUACGGCCGCCCAAGCUCAACAGUCUGUAGGGGACAAAGGCAUCGGUUCACCACACCGCUUGUUGCUCUCCAACAAGGGUUCCUGGGCACUUCAUCGAGCAUUGGGGGGAGACAAUAUGGUACACGAAGUUCGCAGCCCCGUCUGUGAUGCUAAGGCUAUCAAGAACCCUACAGAACUGCAAGGCAUGCGUGCGUGCCACAUUCGCGACGGCGCAGCUCUCAUCGAAUACUUCGCAUGGUUGGAAGACCAACUGGUAGCCAAAAAAGCGACUCUGGAUGAAGUCGAGGCCGACGACAAAUUGAUCGAGUUGCGGUCGAAGCACGAUCAUUUCGUCGGCUUGUCCUUCCCAACCAUCUCGUCAACAGGGCCAAAUGCUGCUAUCAUUCACUACAAGCCCGUGCGAGGCAACUGCUCUGUGAUCGAUCCGGACAGAAUUUACCUCUGCGAUUCUGGUGCUCAGUUCCGUGACGGUACAACCGAUGUCACCCGUACCUUGCACUUUGGAAAGCCCACUGAUGCCGAAAGAGAGGCAUAUACACUUGUUCUGAAAGGAAACAUAGCGCUUGAUAUGGCUGUCUUCCCCAAAGGAACGACAGGAUACGCCCUGGACUCUCUGGCCCGUCAGUAUCUCUGGCAAUACGGGCUCGAUUACCGCCACGGAACUGGUCACGGCGUGGGCUCCUACCUCAAUGUACACGAAGGUCCCAUCGGCGUUGGGACCAGAGCGCAACACGCCGAGGUGGCGCUGUCUGCUGGCAAUGUCAUUUCGAAUGAGCCGGGCUACUACGUCGAAAACGAGUUUGGCAUCCGCAUCGAGAACAUCAUCAUGGUCAAGGAAACCAAUACCAAGCACUGCUUUGGAGACAAGCCGUUCCUUGGAUUUGAACACGUCACCAUGGUGCCAUACUGCCAAAAUCUGAUUGACUCGAGUCUGCUGACUGAAGGUGAGAUCAAAUGGAUCAACACAUACAACGCUGAGAUCAUGGACAAGACCAAGGGGUUUUUCACAAAUGACCCCCUCACAAUGGCAUGGUUGACUCGGGAAACCCAGCCAAUCUGA